GUCUUGGUUUUCAGAUUGAAAUGAUGAAAGGAAAUGUGAUUUCACGUAUUAAUGUGUAUCUUCAAGACCUGGAAAAGUUUAAAGCUCGUUGGGAUCAGCUAAAGCCAAGUGAUGAUGUCAUUGAAACAGGUGAUCAAGAUGUGCUUGAAAAAAGUGCUCAGAUCAUAAAGGAGAAAGAAAAAGAGUUUGAUGAACUCGAAACCAUGAAAGAAAAGCUCAUUGAAGAAUGCCAUCAUUUUAAAUUGGAAGAGCCUGACUUCUCAUUGUCGAAAGUUGUACAGCAAGAUAUUAAGAGCUGUGCAGAAGUCUGGGCAUUGUAUGAAGAGUUUUGUCAAGGUUUUCAGGAAAAAGCCAAAGAGGACUGGAUUACUUUUAGGAGUAAAACAUACCUUUUUGAAGAGUUUUUGUUUAACUGGCAUGACAAAAUGAGGAAGAUGAAAGAAUACACUGUAAUGGCAGUAAAGUUGCAAAAAGAAGUGGACAAAUAUAAAACAAUAAUUCCACUCCUAAAAUAUGUAAGAGGAGAACAUCUUUCUCCAGACCAUUGGCUGGAUCUCUUUCGUCUUCUGGGUCUUCCCCGAGGUACUACGCUUGAGGGUUUGUUAUUUGGAGAUCUGCUAAAAGUGACAGAUGCCAUUAUAGAAAAAGCAACAGAACUUAAGGAUUUGAAUUGCCGGGCCCAAGGUGAAGUCACAAUCCGAGAAGCAUUACGUGAGCUUGAACUCUGGGGAGUUGGAGCUAUCUUUACAUUAACAGAUUAUGAAGAUAGCCAAGGCAAGACUAUCAAGCUUAUUAAAGACUGGAAGGACAUAGUCAACCAAGUUGGAGAUCAUCGCUGUCUUCUACAGUCCCUGAAGGACUCUCCAUAUUACAGAGGUUUUGAAGAUAAAGUGUCCAUCUGGGAGAAAAAACUGGCUGAGUUGGAUGAGUAUCUGCAGAAUUUAAACCAAAUUCAAAGGAAAUGGGUCUAUUUGGAACCGAUAUUCGGACGUGGAGCUCUGCCCAAAGAACAAGCUCGUUUUAACAGAGUUGAUGAAGACUUUAAAUCCAUUAUGUCGGAUAUCAAGAGUGACAAUAGGAUAACAUCACUGAAUUCCCGGACAGGAAUCAAAAAUACCUUAAUUACCAUACUUGACCAGCUUCAGAGAUGUCAGAGAUCUUUGAAUGAGUUUUUGGAGGAAAAGCGUUCAACAUUUCCAAGAUUCUAUUUCAUUGGAGAUGAUGACUUAUUAGAAAUUCUAGGACAGUCCACAAAUCCUCUGGUUAUCCAGUCUCAUCUUAAGAAACUUUUUGCUGGCAUUCAUAAUGUGAGUUUUGAUGAAGAAUUUAAAUACAUACUUGCCAUGAAGUCUGUAGAAGGAGAAACUGUGCCACUCAGAAAUAAAGUUCUUCUGUCAAAUGAUGUGGAGGUGUGGCUAAACAGUUUGGCUUUGGAGAUGAAGGAAACCCUGAAAAAAAUGUUAAUUGACUGUGUUGAUGCUGGAAAAAGAUCACAAGGUUCAAUUGAUCCAUCGCUCUUUCCUUCCCAGAUUCUUUCCUUGGCAGAACAAAUUCAGUUCACUGAAGAUGUUGAAAGUGCUAUCAAAGACCAUAAUCUGCCACAAUUAGAAUUAGAACUCAUGGCUAAACUGGAACAUUAUACUAGCAUUGAUACUAGUAUAGAAGAUACUGGGAGUACAGGAUCAGGAAACCUUGAGCUCAAACUUAAAGCUCUGAUUCUUGAUAUCAUUCAUAACAUUGAUGUGGUGAAGCAGCUGAAUCAAUGUCAAGUUCACAGUGUUGAAGACUGGGCUUGGAAGAAGCAGCUGAGAUUUUAUAUGAAAGACCAAAAAUGUUACAUUCAGAUGGUAGAUGCUGAACUUCAAUAUACCUAUGAAUAUCAGGGUAAUUCCCCUAAACUUGUUUAUACACCCUUGACAGAUAAGUGUUACCUAACUCUUACUCAGGCUAUGAAGAUGGGCCUUGGAGGAAAUCCCUAUGGUCCAGCUGGAACUGGAAAGACAGAAUCAGUAAAGGCCCUAGGUGGACUUCUUGGAAGACAAGUAUUAGUCUUUAAUUGUGAUGAGGGCAUUGAUGUGAAGUCGAUGGGGCGCAUAUUUGUGGGCUUGGUGAAGUGUGGUGCCUGGGGCUGUUUUGAUGAGUUCAAUAGACUUGAGGAAGCUGUACUGUCUGCAGUAUCCAUGCAGAUUCAGACAAUUCAACAUGCAUUGAAGAAACACAGUCCCGUAUGUGAGAUGCUUGGCAAAAAGGUUGAAAUGGAUCACAAUUCUGGAAUUUUUAUCACUCUGAAUCCUGCUGGAAAAGGCUAUGGAGGAAGACAAAAACUGCCUGAUAACCUCAAACAACUUUUCAGGCCAGUUGCUAUGACUCAUCCAGACAAUGAGCUCAUUGCAGAAGUGAUUUUGUAUUCAGAAGGCUUUAAAGAUGCUAAAACACUCGGUAGAAAAUUAGUGGCUAUUUUUAAUCUAGCAAGGGAACUUCUGACGCCACAGCAGCACUACGAUUGGGGUUUACGAGCAUUGAAGACUGUUUUGAGAGGGUGUGGCAAUCUUCUUCAUCAGCUGAAGAAAAGCGAAGCAAAGCAAGAAAUUAAUGAAAGUAACAUGGUGGUUCAAGCUCUGCGGCUUAAUACCAUGUCAAAGCUUACUUUUGCAGACUGUGCACGUUUUGAUGCACUGGUUAAAGAUGUAUUUCCUGGCAUUGACUUUAAGGAUGUGGAGUAUGCUGAGUUAACUACAGCUUUACAACAAGUCUUUGAAGAAGCAAACUUGGAAAUUAUAAGCACCCAGAUCAAGAAGGCUUUGGAAUUAUAUGAACAACUACGCCAAAGAAUGGGUGUGGUUAUUGUAGGUCCAAGUGGUGCAGGUAAAUCAACACUUUGGAGGAUGUUAAAGACAGCACUUGGUAGAACCGGCAAAGUAGUGAAACAGUAUACUAUGAAUCCCAAAGCUAUGCCUCGACAUCAGUUGCUCGGCCAUAUAGACAUGGAUACCAGAGAAUGGUCUGAUGGUGUGCUUACAAAUAGUGCUCGACAAGUGGUACGAGAACACCAAGAUAUUACUUCAUGGAUAAUUUGUGAUGGUGAUAUUGAUCCUGAAUGGAUUGAAUCUCUGAAUUCCGUUUUGGAUGACAACAGAUUGUUGACUAUGCCCAGUGGAGAAAGAAUUCAAUUUGGCUCAAAUGUCAAUUUUAUAUUUGAAACUCAUGACCUUAGCUGUGCCUCUCCUGCUACAAUAUCUCGAAUGGGAAUGAUCUUUCUGAGUGAUGAAGAUACAGAUCUUAAUUCUCUGAUAAAGUCUUGGCUAAGAAGUCAGCCUGAAAAAUGCAGAUACAACCUUGAAAAUUGGAUUGGGGACUACUUUGAAAAGGCUUUAAACUGGGUUGUGAAGAAGAAUGACUCUGUGAUAGAAACAAGUUUAGUUGGAACUGUGAUGAACGGGCUGUCUCAUCUUCAUGGCUGUAGUGAUCGUGGACAGUUUAUUAUUAACUUGUUACAUGGUCUUGGUGGCAAUCUCAACAUGAAAUCACGACAAGAAUUUGCAAAAGAGAUCUUCAGUUGGGCAGAAGAAUCUCCACCAGAUCCAAGAAAGCCCCUGGACACAUAUUAUGAUACUGACAAUGGACAGUUAAUGCUGUAUCAGCUGAAAAAACCUGAAAAUCUAACAGCUGAUGACUUCAGUAAUCUCCAAACACUUCCGGUCGUCCAGACCCCUGACAUGCAGAGAGGUUUAGAUUACUUUAGACCCUGGCUAGACUUUAACAAUAAGCAGCCAUUUCUUCUUGUGGGUCCUGAAGGAUGUGGAAAAGGGAUGCUGCUUCAUUAUGCAUUUUCCCAACUCAGAUCCACUCAGAUUGCUACCAUUCACUGCAGUGCACAAACUACUUCUCAACAUCUUCUACAAAAAUUAAGUCAAACUUGCAUUGUAAUCAGUACAAACACUGGGCGAGUGUACAGACCAAAGGACUGUGAAAGUCUUGUUUUGUAUUUAAAGGAUAUCAAUCUACCCAAACCUGAUAAAUGGGGAACGAGCACUCUUGUGGCUUUUCUACAGCAGGUUCUUACGUAUCAAGGAUUUUACGAUGAAAAUCUGGAAUGGGUUGGUUUAGAAAACAUCCAAAUUGUAGCUUCCAUGUCUGCUGGAGGAACAUUAGGAAGACAUAAACUUACCUCCAGAUUUACUUCUAUUGUUCGUCUCUGUGCAAUUGACUAUCCAGAAAGAGACCAACUGCAAACUAUUUAUAGUGCCUACUUGGAACCUGUACUACAGAAAAACCUAAAGAAUCACCCUGUUUGGGGUUCUUUACCAAAAAUACAUCAGCUAGCAGGAUCUAUGGUUCAAGUAUAUGAACAGGUACGAGCGAAAUUCACAGUUGAUGAUCACAGUCAUUAUCUUUUUACACCAUGUAUUCUUACUCAGUGGGUUCUUGCUUUAUUCAGAUAUGAUUUAGCAGAUGGAUCAUCGAUACAAACUGCAGACCAUGUAUUGGAAAUUGUUGCUUACGAAGCACAUCGUUUGUUCCGUGACAAAAUUGUUGGCAGGAAAGAACUCCAUGUAUUUGAUAAUAUUUUAAUGAAAGUGUUUCAAGGUGACUGGGGCUCAGAAGUUCUGGACAAUGUAGCAGAUAUCUUCUAUGUAACUUGGGGAGCUUGUCAAGAGGCAUUUAUCGCACAAGGACAGGCACUACCACCACAUGGGAGGCCACUUGGCAAACUAAAUGCAACAGACCUGAAGGAUAUUAUUCAAAAAGGUAUUAUUCAUUAUGGGCGAGACAAAAAAGAGACAGAGAUUUUACUGUUCCAAGAAGUCCUCAGUUUUGUGUCUAAAGUGGACAGAGUGCUAAGUUUUCCUGGAGGAUCACUUCUUUUGGCAGGACGGAGUGGUGUAGGUCGUCGAACCAUUACUUCUUUAGUUAGUCAUAUGCAUGGAGCUGUUCUGAUUACUCCCAAAAUUUCCAGAGGCUAUGAGCUGAAGCAGUUCAAAAGUGAUCUUAAAUAUGUGAUGGAGCUUGCAGGCAUUGAAGCACAGCAGGUGGUAUUGCUGCUCGAAGACUAUCAGUUUGUUCAAUCCACAUUCCUUGAGAUGAUCAACAGUUUACUGUCUUCAGGAGAAGUUCCUGGGCUAUAUAAAAUAGAAGAAUUAGAAGCAUUGCUAUCUCCUCUUAAGGAUCAAGCUUCACAAGAUGGAUUCACUGGACCAGUUUUCAGCUAUUUCACAUACCGGAUUCAACAAAAUCUGCAUGUUGUCAUCAUCAUGGAUUCUACAAAUUUAAAUUUCGCAAUAAACUGUGAAAGUAAUCCAGCACUGUACAAGAAAUGUCAAGUUUUGUGGAUGGAAACCUGGUCAGAAAACAGUAUGAAAAGGAUACCUGAAAUGCUACUGUAUGAUUCAGAUGAACAAGAAAAGACUGGAAAAGCACAUAAGGGACUUAACAAAAAACAUACAGGUGAUUCUGAUUUUCUGAAUUCAUUUCUGGCAAUCCAUGAAUCUUGUAAAAUGUAUGGAGCAACGCCGAGCAGGUAUAUGACAUUUCUUCAUACAUACAGUACCAUCAAUAACAGUAAAAGAAGAGAGCUAAUAAAAAGGCAAAACCACUUGCAGGCAGGUGUUUCAAAGCUGAAUGAAGCUAAAGACUUGGUGGAUGAACUGAACAGAAAAGCUGGAGAACAAAGCAUUUUACUUAAAGCAAAGCAGGAUGAGGCUGAUGCUGCCCUUCAUGAAAUUACAGUGUCUAUGCAGAGUGCUAGUGAGCAAAAAACAGAAAUGGAAAAAAUAAAACAGCGGAUAGCAGAAGAGGCUGCAGAAAUAGAAGAAAGAAAAAGAAAAAUUGAUGAUGAACUAAAAGUGGUUCAGCCACUGGUUGAUGAAGCUAAAUUAGCAGUUGGAAAUAUAAAGCCCGAGUCUUUGUCAGAAAUCCGGUCACUACGGAUGCCCCCUGACAUAAUCAGAGACAUACUAGAAGGAGUUUUACGGCUGAUGGGGAUUUUUGAUACAUCGUGGGUGAGCAUGAAGAGUUUCUUGGCCAAAAGAGGUGUGAGGGAGGACAUCGCAACCUUUGAUGCCCGUAAUAUUCCACAAGAAAUACGAGAGAGUGUUGAAGAACUUCUUUCUAAAAACAGAACAUCUUUUGAUCCAAAGAAUGCUAAACGAGCCAGUGCUGCGGCUGCUCCAUUAGCAGCUUGGGUGAACGCCAAUGUCCAGUAUUCCCAUGUCCUAGAACGGAUUCAGCCUUUGGAAAAAGAAAAGGCUGGCUUGGAAGCUAAUCUCAAGAAAACUGAAAGCAGAAAACAGAAGUUAGAAGAUCUUCUGAACUCUGUUGAUCAAAAAGUAUCAGAACUGAAAGAUAAGUUCCAGACUAGAACAACAGAAGCAGCAAAACUUGAAGCAGAACUAAGUAAAGCUCAGAAAACAUUGAAAGCUGCAGAAGCACUGAUAAAUCAACUUGAGAGGGAACACAAAAGAUGGAGCAACCAGGUGUCAGAGAUAACAGAUGAACUGACUACGUUGCCUAAAAGAGCUCAGUUAGCAGCUGCAUUUAUUACCUACCUUUCUGCUGCUCCUGAAGAUCAGAGGAAAACCAGCGUGGAUGAAUGGACCAGAUCAGCAGGCCUUGAAAAAUUCAAUUUACGGCGGUUCCUGUGUACAGAAAGUGAGGAGUUAAUUUGGAAAGGUGAAGGUUUACCUUCAGAUGACCUUUCAGUAGAAAAUGCUCUUGUCGUCUUGCAG